AUGGGAAUUGUUACGCAGAACAAGGUUUCUGCUAUAUUAGGCUUUCCUUCUAUUUUUCCUUUCUUUACUAUUAUUAGAUGUAUUUCCUUUUUCGUGUUUCUGUUAGUAGACCUUUCCGUAAUACUGGAAAGGUUUAUUAGACGCCAAUAUAUAAAUACUGGCGUACUGCCCUGAGAAGGGCUAAGUCAGUUUUCCUGCUUCCGCUGUAUCUCGUAACAUGGUAUCAGAGCUUUCUCUCUGAUCCUGCGUGAAGACUGCCGACGGAAGAUCAACCAACCUUGGUGGUGACAACGACUUCACACUGCAGGGAGUGUCGCUUGGUGAUCUUCUUCUUGCCUGCAGUACCUGAAAUUGUGGGGUUUCUUGGUCAUAAGCAGACCGGCAGAUUCUUUGGAGAGUCACUAUCUUAACGGUGGGAGACGUCUACUGAAACACCAUCGUUGAUUCUUGACUGUGGCAGGACGUCUACGAAUACAUCGUUGUCCUUUCUUGACGGUGAUGGACAUCUGCGAAUACACCAUUGUCAUUUCUUGACGGUGGCAGUCAUCCUCAGUUUCUUGAACAGAAACUGUUAUUCGGACCACAUCAGGGAAUCUCUGUUUAAGAUUUUUUUUGGCUAUCUGGUCACAGCUGAAGAACAUGGAGACAAAGGUCAGUGAAUCUUCCUCCUCUGGCCCAGGACAUUCAUUUGAAGUAAUUAAGGUCUGUUCAGAUCUACCUAAAAUUGCUGAGAGAUUCCGAUUUGAUGAAAUCAAUUUGUUCCAAUGGACAUCAUAUGUAGAACUUAUUCUACGUGGGAGAAAUCUGGAUUGUCACCUGAUGCAAUCCUCACCAAGUAUUGACAACUCAGGAUAUUCUCGGUGGAAAGAAGAAGAAGCACUGAUUCAAUAUUGGAUGCUAGACAAUAUUUCACCAAAAAUAAGUAAUAAUUUCUUUUUCUGAAAUCUGUGAAGGAAUUAGGAGACAAAGUUCGUCAUGUUCACUCUACUAAACAUGACGAAUCCCAAAUUUAUAGAUUGGUGCAGAAAUCUUUGACUGUGGUACAGGGAACAUUGAUUGUUAUGAAAUAUGCUAGCGAAUUGAAAUUCAUUUGGAGAGAAAUCAACCACUACAGACCAAUCAAGAACCCUGAUACUGAAGAACAAAAUUAUAUCAUGAAAGACAGGCUGUAUAAAUUUUUGAUGGGACUAAAUCUACAAUAUGAGACUCUAGUAAAUCAGAUCCUUGCUCAGGAAAUAGUACCAGAUAUUGAAGAAGCAAUUGCAUGAGCCAAACAAGAAGAAAAUACUAGAAAUCUGAGAAAUGAUUUAAAGACAGAAACUGUUGCAUUCAGCACUCUCAAGGGCAAAGAUACCACUGUAUUAAAAUAGGGGAAUAGUAAAGCACCAUUCAUCAAAGGAGAUCGUAAGACUGAUCCGAAGGCACACCUAUUUUGCACUUAUUGUCGGAAACAUCAUCACACUAAGAAGACAUGCUAGAAGAUCCAUGGCAAACCACCGAAUUAUGGAAAGUUACAUUUGGCUAAUGCUCAAAAUGAAGAUGGUGUUGCACCCAUGAUUCAAGGAGGAGCUAGUCAAGACGGAUCUACUUCCUCCCAACCUUUAGAGAUUGGAAAACUCAGAGAAGAAAUUGAACAGCUAAAGAGCAUGAUCAGCUCCACCUCCCUCGCACAUGCUAGUAAGCACUUUCCUAAACAUUUUCCCUUAUGCUUAAAUACCUCAUCAUUGGCAUCACCUUCACCCCAAAAAGUGUCCUAGAUCACUAAUUCUGGAGCUAUUUAUCAUAUGAUACCAUAUGCAUCACUAUUCAUAACAUAUGAGGUAUCUACCAAUAAUCAGAAGGUUAUUACUACAAGUGGAGAUUUGUUACUUGUAGUUGGCAUUGGAUCAAUUCAUCUUGAGAAAUUAGGGUCAUUAAGAUAUGUUCUUCAUGUUCCAAGAUUGAAUGCACAUCUAUUGUCAUUGAGAAAAUUAGGUAAAGACUUGAAUUGUCUGAUAUUAUUUGAUGACGAUUAAUGUCACAUUUGAUGAAAGCAGCAUGUAUUUCCAACAGACAACAAUCAAGUAUCUAGCUGUGAUAUUCCUGUGCCGGAAAAACACGAUUUACACAUUGAGAUUCUCAAGGAGAAUGAAGCUCUUGAAAUGUUACCUCGACCAAAUCGAUUUGGUCGAGGUUAUUAUAAAAGAAAGCAAAGAUUCUCCGGAAAUCUAAUAUUUAGAAAAAAAAUAAAGGUGCAUACGUGGGCGGGAAGGGGGGCCCACUACUUAUUCAUUCAGGGGGGGACUAGCCUCAUGACUUCCCACUGGGCGAGAGGUGCACCUAACCCACCUACCCACUCAUCAAUCAGUGUUCAGCUGACUUGCACUGAUAGACCCCUAUUGUUCAAUCACGAUGUUCAAAGACACCCAUGA